AAAGUUGAGAGUGUUAUGGUAGUGCACUAGCUCUCUGUGUCUGCUCAAUCAAUUAGUUCAUUUCAUCAGCAUUUUAAUCCAUCAGGUCAGAGCUGCAGCAAUGAAUCACUUCAUUUCCAUGAUGUUUUCACUGCUAGUCAUUACUGGGCUGCAGGUGAGCGUUAAGGCCGAAGAAAAACGUCAUAAGCGAAGCUCCAGCAGACAUUACAUAUCAGAGCUGACUGUGUCGAAUGGAGGAGGAUGGGGGUCGUGGGGUUACAGAGACAUGUGUGCAGAAGGAACGUACGCCGCAGGGUUCAGUCUAAAGGUGGAAAAUCCUAUUGAUGGGGAUGAUACUGCACUCAACGGGAUUCGCCUUCACUGCACUGAUUUGUCGAAAGGCUCAAAAGCAUAUCACAGAUACACCUCAGUUCAGUCAGAUGUAGGCAGCUGGGGUCGGUGGAAAGAUAUCAGAUGGUGCCCUUCUGGAUACUUGACUGCUUUUCAGCUGAAAGUCGAAAGAUCUCAAGGAAAUGGUGACGAUACGGCCGCAAACAACAUCCAUUUUCAAUGCAGUGGAGGGUCUAUCCUGACGGGUGACGGCACAGACUGGGGCGAUUGGGGCAGCUGGAGUCAGACGUGUCAAGGAAAAGGGAUCUGUGGUAUCAUGACACGGGUAGAAGAGCCGCAAGGACGAGGAGACGACACCGCUCUCAAUGACGUGCGCAUGUACUGCUGCACAUGAGGUGUUAGAGGACGACAACAAGAACAGCAAGA